UAUCGCUGGGUAUCGGGUCGGAAAAUAAGAAUUCGGUGUUUCCUGGUUACCGUUUCUAAUGAAACGCUGGCGCGUGACGUCGCAGCAGCGCACGCGGACUGGAAUUAACGUGAACUGUCCGAGAGACAAUCCCGAGCAGGAAGGAUGCUCUGAAUACAAGGACUUUCCCCUAUUGUGAUGGAAAAACGUUUCGCAUAGCUUGCUCGAUGAUAAUGUGAAAAGCAAGAGCAGAAAUGACUGAUGUGGAGACUGUUGUCACUGACUUCGCUGCCACAGGAAGGACCGGCCGAAGAAACGCCAUGCCAGAUAUUUUAGGUUCCAAUGCAGGAGCUGAAGCAGCAGACCUUCCUAACAAAUUGGCUGAUCUAGCUGUUGGAGAUGAUGCUGAGCAUGGAGGAGAAGGUUCAUCCUCGAGUGACCUGACCAGCAACCCUGUAGGGGGAAAGGACCAGGCAGAAGGAACAUAACCAUACAGCCUGAACUAAACUGGACUAAACUGAACAUCAAACACAACAGACAGCACCACAAACUAUCUCUCCUUUUGCCUCCAUGACCAAACUACUGUUAUGGUUGCAGUGUGUGCUAUGCAAGUUCAGCGUCACUGUAGGAUAUUAUUCUGAUGUAGGCUGAUGGAUGAGCGUGCACAUCUUCUCCUCUUCGGUUUAAUCGAAUCAAUAAAAAAUCCCUUACUGACUGAUGGUCAACUGGCACAAAGAAUAAAAGUGUGUGUGUCUGUAUGUCUUAGAGAGAACCAUAACAUUAUUUUCCUAGAUUUAAAAGGGACCAUUUGAUUUUUUUUUUUGUUGUCAGUAAACUAAAAUAAUAGCAUUCCAAAUGGUUAUGUAAGUACAGUUCAAACAUUGAGAAUGUGGUAGAUCAUCUAUUUUGUGAUUUUUCUUUUCUAUGGAUAUACAUAUUAUACAUUUUCUGAGUCUUUUUUUUAUUUUUUUUGUCAAAGUCAAAAUGAGUAAAUAUGGAUCUGAUGUUUAUGUAGCUUGGCUUUUCAUUGUCCUUAUUAACUGUUGUUGAAUGUUACGCUUGAUGUCCUGAAGCCAGAAUUUUUCAAUGAU